AUGAGUCAAUCAAAAGAUAAAAAGAAAUUUGUAGGUGGUGGCGGUGGUGGCGGUGGAAAUAAUAGUGGAGGUGGUGGUUAUGGAUCACCUAAACAUAAUAAUAAUAAUAAUAAUAGAAAUAGCAGCAAUAAUAAAUCACCUCAUCAAUCACACCAUAAUCAACAACAUCAUCAACAACAACAACAACAACAACAGCAACAACAACAACAACAACAACAACCAUUCGAUAGUUUAACAGCAAUGAAAGAGAGAACAGUAUUUAUGUCAAUGAGUUUAGUAGGUCAAAAUGUAAGUGUCACCUUAAAGAAUGGUGAUGUAUAUGAGGGUAUAUUACAUACAACAUCAACAUCAACAGGUAGUAGUGGAGGUGGUUGGGGUGUUGCAUUAAAAAUGGCAAGAAAAAAAGAUACCAACAAUAGAGUUAUCACAACAUUACCACUACCAUUGGUUAUCAUUGAAGCCAAAGAUUUCCUACAAAUCACAGCAACAGGUGUAGUAUUGGAUCAUUAUAGAGAUAGUUUUAUGAAUAGAGAUCAACAAUCAUUCAUUACAGAUACAGAAUUGAGUGGAUUUGAUGGUAACUUAAAAGAACGUGAAUUAACACCAUGGACACCCGACCCAUCAGUUGGCGAAUCACUCGAUGAUUUCGCUGCAAAUAGUGAGGCUAAAAAACCUGCAAAUUGGGAUCAAUUUGAAACAAAUGAAAAAUUAUUUGGUGUUAGAACAACUUAUGAAGAAGAAAUUUAUACAACUCGUUUAGAUAGAGAUUCCGAAUUUUAUAAAAUAAAUCAAUCUGUUGCUGAAAAGAAAGCUCAAGAAAUUGAAAAUGAAAAAUCAGGUAAUAUUCAUUUAUUAGAAGAACGUGGUUUUGUUGAAGGUGCAGAUUAUGAUGAAGAGGAACGUUAUAGUUCUGUUGUUAGAAAAGGAUUACUUCCAACUUCAACAACAUCAACUACAACUUCACCACCAACUCAAAAUCCAACACCAUCAUCAUCUGUUUAUAUUCCACCAUCCAAACGUAAUAAUAAUAAUAAUACACCAUCAACUCCAUCAGUAACUUCACCACCAAUUGUAGAUAAAAAACACCAACAAACUCAUCAAGAUAAAAAACAAACACAACAACAACAACAACAACAACAACAACAACAACAACAACAACAACAACAACAACAACAACAACAACAACAACAACAACAACAACAAACCCAACCAACAACAACAGCAACAGCAACAGCUUCUACAUCCACUUCAACUACUACAACAACAAAUGAAUCACCAUCAUCAUCUAGUACAAGUUCAACACCAUCAACACCAUCAACACCAAAAAAUAUAACUACUACUACUGCAACUACAAGUACAAAUAAUACACCAACAGCAACAAAUACAAAUGUUAAUUCACCAUUAGGUGAUAGAGAAUCACCAACAAUUUCAAAAUUACGUUUACAUCAAUCAACAAUUGAUCAAGAUGUAAUGGGAUCACCACGUGAAAAUUUAUCACCACGUUCAGUUGCUUACACAAGAUACAGACAAAUCUUAUCGGAACCAACUAAUAAAUCAAUGAAUAAAUCUGGUUCAAACAUUUCAACCACACCAGUAAAUGGUAGUGGCAAUGUUGGUCCAAACGGCACACCAUUACUCUCAUCGGUCCAUAGUGAUCAAGCUCCAAAAUCACCAGUACCAACCAUCGUUUCAAAUCAUGGUUUGGUGAAAGCAUUAUCAUUGGAAUUGGCAACUCCAACCGUACCAGAGAAAUUUGUAAAUGAUUUCAAUAACUUUAAAUUAAAAAUUAACAAUGUUGAUCGUGGUUCUGAAACUCAAGGAUUAAAAAGUUUUAGUAGUAAUUUAGUAAUUAAAUCAAAAUCUAGACCUGGUUCACCAUUAAUUGGUUCUGGUUCACCACGUCCAACUCCAACUCAAUUAUCAUUAUCUGGUUCUUCUACAAGUACAAAUACUUCUACUACUUCACCACCAACUACAAAUACCACCACCACCACAACAACAGCAACAAAUUCUACCACCCCCUCUACUACUGAAGAUGAUAAAUCAACUACAACACCAAUCACAACUACAAUUUUAACAGAAAAUAAAUCUGAUGAUAAAGAAAAAGAAAAGGAAAAAGAAAAAGAAAAAGUUGAUGAAAAAGAAAAAGAAAAAGAAAAAGAAAAAUCUGAUGAAAAAGAUAAAGAUCAAUCUUCUACAUUAGUUGAAAAGAAAGAUGAAUCAUCAUCAUCAUCUAAUACUACUACUACCACUACUAAUACCACCAAUAAUAAUAAUAAUAAUACUACAACUGUAACUAAAUUAUCAAAAUUAAAAUUAAAUCCAAAUGCAAAAGAAUUUGUACCAGUUGUAGUUAAUAAACCACAACCAUCAUUUAAAUCAACAACUGAAUCAAAUACUGAUAGUGUUACACCAAUCAAUGAGAUCUAUUAUGAUUCAAUGAGAAAGAGACAAUUACAACCAGAAUCACCCGAUCAAGUUUCAUUGUAUUGGGUUGAUCCAUUUUAUCCACGUUAUGAAGAGGAUCCAUAUGCUGCAGCCUAUCAAAUGAGAGCACAUCAUCAUAUGGUUGGUCAUCAACCACCUCCACAACUUCAAUUCAAUCCACAAUUUUAUUCACAACAAGGUCAUCCACAAUUACAACCACAUCAUCAUAUGGUACCACCACAAUUACAACAAGUACCACCUGGUGUAAAUGUACACACAAUGAAACCACCAGGUUCUUUACAACCAGGUGGCGGUGGUGUCGUUCAACCACAAGGUAUCGUUCAACCUCAAGGUAUCGUACAGCCACAGGGCGGUGUAGUUCAACCAUCUGCAGGCGGUGCUCCAAAAACAAUGUAUCAACAACAACAGCAACAACAACAACAAACUGGUCAACCUGGAGGUCCAAUGGGUGUCCAAAGAGGUGGCCAUCUACCACCACAACAACAACCACAACAACAACAACAACAACCACCACCACAAUUCAUUCAAGGUAUUCCACCCGGUGCUAAUUUAGUCAUCUCAAAUGGUCCACCCAAUCAACCAUUUGUAUUCCAAGGUGCUCACCCACCUUAUGCCGUACCACAUCCUCAAUACCCAAUGCCACCCCAAGGUAUUCAAGGUGGUAAUAAAAGAUUUUAUCAACCACCACCACAAGGUUAUCCUCAAGUGCAACCAAUGAUAAUUCCACAACAAGGUCAAGUUGUAUCUCAAAAUUCACCACAACAAGAUUCUCCUUCAAAUCGUUUAAAUCAACAAGUUCCACCUUAUUCUUAUAUGACUCACCCACCAAGAGGUUACCAUCCAAAUGAAAAUCAAUAUCAUUAA